AUGAGAAACAUCAGUAUGGUGAACCGACACUGUCAUGGCAUCUUCCAGAUACCAAAACUGGGCAUGAAAUUGAAGCAAGACUCAAUUCUGCUAUCCCUGACCCCUCAGAGGUUUAUGUCUCACCCCAAAAAUCAUCCUUUCUGUCUUAUGGAGGGCGACUGCUGUGUCUUGGGCAAUGAGUCUGCCAACAAAUGGUCACAGGCAAUGGUGGCGUGGAACUUGAGGAAACACCAGAAAGUUAAAGCAAAUGACUCUUCAUUUGUUCGUCCAUUGUUGGUCUGCAAACGAAGUGCAGAUGGGCCUACAUGUUAUACUUCUGGACUGACAAUGUCAUCUAGCAUGGAACGGUCCCCAGCUUGUCUAGACCAGGCUGAAAAGGACAGUAAAAAGGUUCAUUUUGACAGAAUCAAGCUGUUGCUCAGUAAGGUGGGAGUCAAGGAAUCUGGGCGCAAUGGUUGGCAUGACCAAGGCAACACUUUAAAGAGGUAUGAAAAGGAUGGGGAGGACUCUGGCGGCAUGAUUGCAGCCUCUGAAGGUGAAAAGACCUUUAUGCUCAAUGGUGUUGAGUAUCUAUACCAGGAUGACAUGUUCACGUCUAAGGCUACCGGAGUCUUGCAUUUAGUCCAUGCCUGGCCUGACCAGGGGUAUACAGCUACAAAGGAUAGUUCUAACAACACGAGCACGAAUGUGCUGUCAUGUGCUGAGGGUGUCUUACAAGUCAAUGAAUGUCAACAGGUCUCUCCAUCUAUCUCGUCAUCUAAAGGUGUACAGACCAAGGCUACAAGUGGUAGGCAGGAUGGUGGUCUGUCUGAUAGAUUGGAUGAGGGGCUGGCAGUCAUAUUCCCUGUGGGGUAUUUUUCUGGGGGAGAAUGCUACCUUCCUGACCUGAAGAUUAAAUUAAUAUACCGGCCAGGAGAAGUCAUUAUUCUCAUAGCAGGCGCAUUGUAUCAUGCAAUUGGAAAUUGGAGCCCUGGGGAGGGAGUUUCUGAAGAGGGAAUCACCCCAGGUGUCAAGUUCUAUUUCUCCAAGGUAGAAAAGCAAGAGGCUUUGGAGCAUAGAGAGAAUCUACAGGCCAGACGAGUGUUUACAAAAUCCAUAACCGAGGGCCUCUCUAUCAUUCUGCUUUCUGCUGGGCCCAUUUCCGCUUCUCCAGCCCUUCAUUUACCUACUUCAAUUUCCCAAAGACAAGGCCUACCCUAG